AUGCUGUCUCUUCUUGUACUUUUCUCCGCUCUUAGCGCGGCUACAGUCACUGUUCGCGACCCCGGUGACUUUGCCGAUCUUGUCGCGGAUGCCGCCGAUGAUGUCCUCACGGCGGACUGGGACUAUACCCCGACCACCUACCAGGUCGACGCCAUCACUGGAGCGUAUGAGUACUCGGGCGAAACCGAAAGCAUCUCUCAUGAGACAUUAACCGUUUCGGCCAACGAUACCAGCGUCCUCGUCAUCACGGAAAGCUCCGAGGUGAACGUUUCCUACUCUACCAUUGUCAAGCACGGAUACUCGAGCGACCUAUACCAGGCCAGCUUCUUCGGCUUGAAUGCUGCUGUCAACGUGGCCAACGUGUCGGUGGCCUAUUUCGACCAUGUGAACGUGACGGUCCACAAUGGAGCCGCCAAUGUGUACUCCUACGGCAACAACACGUAUGUGUCCAUCUCCGACUCGACCCUAUACAGCUCCGGCCCGGUUUCUCACGGGCUCUAUGCGGCCGGGUAUGGGACUAUCGUCGGCAAGAAUCUGGAACACUACUCUGGCGCCUACCGAUCCUCGUCGUUUGCGGGUGAUAGUCCCCAAGGCUACGUGUAUGUGUACGACUCGGUCGCUCACACGGCCGGCAUCGGCAGUGCCAUUAUCUAUGGCCAGGGCACCGUCUAUGCCGAGAACAUCAUCGGAUAUGCCGAGAAGGCCCCGAUUGCGUUCCUCGAUACAGCCCAGAUCGAUAUCCACGAUUCGGAUCUCACGGCGGGAUUGCUGGCGGGCGCGGUGAUUUUCUCCUCUGGCACCCGAGGAUCAGGGUCCGAGAUCAACUUUACCAACUCUCGUCUGACCGUCCUCCCUGCAGAUGCGGCAGCGCUUUGGUUUGGCAAUGUCAUCGCAACGUCCCACCUCACGAGCACAGCCAUCAACACCACGUCCGGGAUCCUGGUCAUUGCCAAUUACUCGCAGGUCACGCAGGAUUUUAGCUACUUUGCGGAUUCCACGGCCGCGGCCCAGGCGACCAUCACGGUGUCUGAGUCCGACCUGACCGGGGAUCUCGUGGCGUACAAUGGCAGUAGGAUCAGCUGGUCGUUGACCGAAUCCUCCUCGUGGACAGGAACCGCAUACUCGGGUUAUGGCACGUCGUCGUUUGCUGUGGCGCUGGACGAGACUUCGACGUGGACUUUGACGAACGAUACCGUGGUCAAUGACUUUACGGAUUCGGACCCGACGUUGAGCAAUUUGGACAGUGCGGGAUACACGUUGUACUAUAAUUCCAGCGCGUCGGCGAAUGGAUGGUUGAAUGGGACGACCAAGAAGAUCCGCGGCGGAGGGUAUGUGAAGCCAGCAACAAAGGCGCAGCUGGCUGAUGCAUGA